GGCCACCCCAACGACGCUGCGCAAACAAACACUGCAGGCGUAUGCGCACACGUGGGCCGCAAACAAUGCGCUAGCAGGAGCUUCCCCGGGUUUGAAACCUACGGCAGCGGUAGGGUUCCGGGCCUCGGGCUGGCAGCUACACGCCAGUGCGUGUUCAGUUGAGCCGUGGCCGUGGAUCGCACGUGCGGUGCGCGGUGUGCCGUUAGUGCGUAGUUACUAGUGUGGCGCGGGACUUGGGAGAAACGCGCGCGCGCACGAAGGGACGCGAGAGGGUGACGCGCCGUGCUGAUAAAUAUUGAUGGAAAUCGAUCGUCAAGAUGCUGGACGCUAUUUCGUUAAAGUUGGGAGUUGUGUGAAAAACUGCACCAGUUGUAUUAAUGACACUGUGAUCGCUGCAUCUGUGACGACUAGUGGACCAAGAAUAGCUUUAGUAUCAGUCAAUAACCGUGACCGGUGUACGUGUAGUGACCACCGAGUGAUCUGUGUGUGCGCGACUGUGUACAAUCAUUGACAAUGUGCGUGUGUGCAUCUCUGCUCUUGCUCGCCGCAUUGCCGGCUUUUGCAGGCCCCCGAGGAGGAGCGGCGUUGAGGCUGACCGCCGCGGAACCGCCGGCCUUUGCCUUGAAUCAGCAUACAGCGCUGGUAGCCCGUGCGGGCGACAGCGCCGCGCUGCGCUGCAAGGUGCUGCGACUUGCUGACCGCGCUGUGUCGUGGGUCCGCUCAAGCGACUUGCAGAUCCUGACGCACGCCGGCGCGGUGUUCACGGCGGACUCGCGCGUGUCCUGCGCGAGCGCGCGCGAUGCGGGUCCCGGGCUUGCCGCGCCCGACGCCGACGACAUCCUCACCUCGGAGGAGGACUGGGACCCCUACGCGAGCGUGCACAUCCUGCGCAUAGAGCGGCUCAGACUCGGCGACUCGGGCCGCUACGAGUGUCAGAUCAAUACGGAACCUAAACUCAGCUUAUUCUACAAUCUUACCGUAAUAGAUACAGCGCUGCCCGAGGUGUUAGUGAUGCCGGUGGGCGGCAGCGUGGCGCGCGGCGCGCUGGGCGGCGCGGCGCGGCUGGCGUGCGAGGCGCGCUACGAGCCCGCGCCCGGCUCGCGCCUCGCGCCAGAUGCCGUGGCCGCGCUGCCGCCGCUGCGCCUGCGCUGGACGCACAAGGGGGAGAUGCUCGAUCCUCAGAGUUCGCGAGGCGGCAUCUCGCUGGACACGGAGCGGUGGGCGGGGCGCGCGGUGUCACGCCUGACGCUGGCGCAGCUGACGGCGGCGGACGCGGGCCGCUACUCGUGCGCCGCCGCCGGCGUCAGCGCCGACCUCUUCGUGCAUCUGUACCGGGACGGCGCUGAUGAUCAGGAGUACGAUAUUAUUGACGGAGAAAUGGAGAUGCAGCGCGAUCAGGCAGAGUCGAGGGUCAGCGCUGCGAAUCUCGUUUACAGUAGCGGCGUAAUCUUAACAGCAAUUUGUUUGCUGCGAACGGUUGUUACGUGACAGUCACUUUACAACUCCACGGCCAUCCAGGCCACUAAUAAUAUAAGGCGGAAGAUAAACUUCUAGGGUUACGGGGUAUAUUACGUUCAUACAUAAAAACGAUGGAUAAAACCGAACUCGAUGUAAAUAUUGUACAGUUAUUUAAUGAUGUAAAUAAAUUAUUGAAUGAAAACUGUUGCGUUUGAUUUGAGUGAGAGAGUGGGCGGGCUGGCGCGCGCGAGCCACGCGCUGC